CAUAUAGGCACCAAGAUUACACGAGCCAAACGUAUCGAUUGAGGUUGGUCACGUUCAUUUCAUUUCUCAAAUACAACCAACUUCAGUCGGUGCGAUCUUAUUUGCGAUUACUUGAUAACUAUAAUACUGCAGUAUCAUACAAAUGAUACUACGACGUCAAAAAAAUGAAAAAGUGUGAGGUUACAUGCUUUUUUUUUCUUCGAUGGAUAAACUACGAUCUUCGAAUGUAUUUCAGUAACUUUUAAUUAUUCUUCGAUUCAAAUUAAACAUUAACCCUAAGAAUUGCACAUUGGACCCCAUAAGAGAUUUUUGAGAUGCGAAGAUGCUAGGUUAUAUAAUUAUAUCUCAUUCCACGACGAUUCAUAUCCUUUUACGUACAGGGUUAUCGACGGCAAACGCACCAGCUGAAAUUGGCCGUGAAUGGGUGAUUUCGUGAAUCAGAGCAGGGUGGCACCGUGGGAACAAAAGCUGUCAAGAAACAAGCUGUCCACUAUGGGCUUUGUCUUAACGGGUUACAUCUGUUUCGCAGCCAAAAAAUAUGACGUUUUCGUGAAUUGUUUUUGUGAAAAUAAUUGCAGGUUUUCAACUUUUUUUUUCACAGCGAAGAGUAUGAUUUGAAGUAUCUUUUACAAUUUUGUUAUUAAAAAAUAUUCGUAAAUAUAAGAGAUACAAUGAACUUCGCAAAUCACCGUUUAGAAAAAAGUCCUCCGCGGUGAUCACUGCUGCUCGGAAACAAAUCCUAUGAAAUCAAAAAAUGAAAUAGAUUUGGUUUUUCUCUUGUAUUAUCUAGUCUUUAAUCGAAGGAUUCAACAAAAUAAUUAUUUUAAAAAAAAUGAUCACCAAUCGAAAGUAAUCGUUAAAAUUUUGGUGAAAAAAAAACACAUUUUCCUUGAUAUAAAAAAAGUAUGCACAAAGAAAAUCCUUUGAUUAAAGCCUGCCUUUUGAUAUACAAAAAAAAUAUAUGCAAAAUUUCAAGUAAAUCGGUCUUGUCGGUUUUGAGAUAUUGUGGUCACCGAUUCUGGAAAUGUCAUUCUGAAAAGAAUGCGUUUAAUGUUUCGGGUCGGGUAUAUACGUAGAUAAAAUGUAAUUUAUUACCUCUAAAUGUAACUCUUUCAAUUUUGAACGAAUCAACCUGAAAUUUUCAGAAAAUAUUCUUGAUCUGAUAUAUUAUAAGAAUCCGUCGAAAACGAAAAAUCGAUAUUUUGUUUAAAUUUCAACUAGAUGUAACCCCGUAACAGUUUAAAAAAUUGUUUAAAACUCAAAAAUCUUCUUCAAGUUAUUCUAAAAUACAUCAACUUAAUUUUGUUAUAAAGAAUAAAAAGUUCUUACUAAAAAAUUCACAAUUUGACGCCUCAAAGCACUUACCCCUUUCACGCAUACAUGCCCCUUUAACAGCAAAACAACGGAAUAUGCAACACUUCAUUGUACAAAAAUGGAUCUUCCGAUUAUACAAAAAGUACUUGUUCACAUUAUAAAAAAAAAUGUACAAUUCCUCGCGAGUCAUGUAAAACUUUAAACACUUGAUGGAAACAUAAUUCCACGGAGAGACAGAUUAUAGCUUUCCAGAUGCAUAACCUUGUGCAUUUCCCAUACCGGAUUUAAAUAGUAAACAAACGUUAUUGACCCUCGUUGUCAAUAUAUAGAACGAGAUCGAGAAAUUCAUUCUGCUGGCUCAAAUACACCCGAAUCAAAAAGAUAAAAGACUUGAUGACGUAAUCCUAUCAUUAAACACAGCACCACGUUUCAUUUGCUCAUCAUUCAGGUGAAAAGUGUUGACAUUAGCGGUUGACAGUGGAGUGGGUCCAGUAAAUACUUCCAGUAAUACAAUCCAGUCAUCAACGUCAGUAGGGCAAUCUGAAAUUGCACAAAGAAUUCUCAAAGUGUUGCCAAUUGAAAUUACACAAAGAAACUUUCCAUGUCAUACCAAAGAGCAAUGUUGGUUCGCAGUGCUUUGCUCGCUGGUGCGAAAGGUAACGUGCUUAAUAUUGGCUUGAUUGAACGUUAUGCCAGCACAGUGUUACAAGCGGAUGUAAAGAGUCCUGAGGAAACGGAAUGGAACGAGGCCAAGUCAUUCGAUGAAAUACCAGGACCAAGGGCACUGCCGAUCGUUGGGAACAUUUUCAGAUUUCUUCCUCACAUAGGUGAAUUCGGAAAUCAGCCGGUCAUGGAACAAAUGAGAAAUUUGAAAAAGCAGUAUGGCCCGAUUGUUAAACUCGACGGUAUACCGAAUCGUCGAACAGUCGUAUUUCUGUUCGAUCCGGAACUCAGCGAGAAAAUGUACAGAAUGGAAGGUCGAUGGCCGUCCAGAAUUGCUAUCGAGUCAAUGGCACUGUAUCGCGAGGAGAGGCCCGAGAUGUUUCAAGGAAAUUAUGGAUUAAUUACGAGCCAAGGCGAGGAAUGGUACAAUUUUCGUUCCAAAGUAAAUCAACACAUGAUGCAACCUCGAACGAUAAAACCUCACGUUGGACAAGUCAAUGAGGUGGUUCAGGACUUCAUUGAAAAAAUGCGCAAACUUCGAGAUCCGGAAACUCUGGAACUUCCGAAAAGCUUUAACAAUGAAAUCAACAAAUGGGCGCUUGAAUCUAUUUGCGCAAUCGCACUGGACCAAAGACUCGGAUGCCUCGAAUUUGAUUUGCCGACAGAUUCGGAGCCUCAAAGGGUAAUAAAUGCUAUACACGACAUGUUGGAACUCUUAUAUAAAUUGGAAUUUCUUCCCUCCUUGUGGAAAGUCUAUAAGACACGCAAUUUUAAAAAUUUGUUUCGUAACUUCGAUAUCAUGAAUGGAACUAUCAACCAAUACAUAAGGCAGGCUAGGCAGAAACUACGUGAGACAACGUCAAUGGACAACGAGGAACUAAGCAUGCUGCAACGACUUGUAGCUAUCGACGAACAGACAGCAAAUGUCAUGAUAAUGGACAUGAUGCUUGGAGGAAUAGAUACUACCAGCAAUGCCGCCGCAAGCGCUCUCUAUCAUAUUGCGACUAAUCCUCAAGCCCAAGAGAAACUCCACCAAGAAGCAGCCAAGGUGUUGCCAGAGAAAGAUUCGCCAGUAACUUACGAGGCGCUUAAUAAAAUUCCCUAUACGAAAGCCUGCAUCAAGGAAGCCCUGAGAAUAUCACCCAUCGCCUUUGGUAAUUUAAGAACUAUGCAAAAGGACAUUGUACUUGAGGGCUAUAAAAUUCCUAGUGGUAAAGUAGAACAUAAGAAAGAGUCAAGCCAGAGCCGCACUGGAAAUCCUUGCUAA